AUGGCGGCCAAUGGUGGCACGAUGAAGGACUUCCUUCCUAUACCGGACACUCUGUCGCCCGUGACAGAACCAGACAAGGAGGAGGUCUUUCAAACAAUGGCCGACUCCCCGACUAUGAGCCACACGUUGGCCGCUUCUGACCACGACGAGAAGGGCAUCGCACAAGAGGCUCACGAUCUGGAGGUCAAGGACGUUGGCUGGCAUGAGCCUGAAAAGAAUAUCCCGACUCCGCUCGUCGGUGGGCUGGCAAACGACGAUUUAUGGAUUCUGGUGCGAAGGUUUAACAAGCAAAUGUACCAUGUGAAGGAGAUGACUGCGCCGGCGCCUGGAAACCUGGAUCUCAACGUUGCCGACGAAGACGAGUUUUCGCCCGACAAGUUUCGUGCUACGGUCGAAAGACUGUACAUGACCGUGAUUAUUGGCGUGCUCGGAGCCGUUAAGCAUAUUGCACGUCUACGCUCAUGGAAAGAAGCAAGACGGACGACAGCCUUCGCGGCAGCGUACUUCAUUGCGUGGUUGUUCGACUUCUUGGUACCCCUGUUCAGCCUGACAUUCAUCGCCUUGAUCGUCUAUCCGCCAAGUCGGGACAUGCUCUUCCCACCGGCACCUCUUGCUCUCGUCUCGUCAAGCGAAGGCGGUGUCCAGAAGCCCAAAGCCGGCGUCCUUGGCUCGACCGACUCAGCGACCGGCGCCCCCGAGAACUUCAAGGGUGAAGCGGUGGAAGCAGAAGCGAGCAACUUCGUCAACAGCAUCACUUCAGUUGCGCUUGCUUCAGCCACCGGUAAGAACCCUCAGCAUGAACCUCCGCACACGGCUGAAAACGAAGGGCCGAGUGCACAGAUUCCGGAUCCAACGGCCAUGGUUGCGGAAGCUGGUGAUGCGAGGGUGAGCGCGAAUGGUGGUACCUCCAACGCAAAAUCAGACAAGACCAAGGAACCUAUGGAGAAUGCCAUGUGGAACAAGAUGCGACCUGUCAUGCAUGGCGUCGCGGAUGUGGCAGAUACUUGGGAGCGAAUGGCGAACGCUUUGUCGCCAACGCCUCCGUUCCCCCACGACAUGUACCGGCUCCGCAUUGCAGCUGUCAUCGUUCCGAUGUUAGCCGUCUCGAUCUUCGUAACCAGCUACAUGUUCAUGAAGGGUCUGACAUUUGGCGCUGGCUUCGGGUUCUUCGGAGAUCCGGUCAUCCAGCGUGGUCUGAAAUGGCUGAACACUAACUAUCCGAACUGGCAAAAGCUGCUCGAGCUGAGGAAUACGCUACUCAAAGGCGUACCCACAAAUGCUCAGCUAACCCUCACCCUACUGCGUAUUGGCGAAUCGAAUAAGGCUCCUUUGCCACCUCCUCCAACUGCCAACGAGCCACCCCCAGAUGAGCCAGUCGAUCUGACCGAUGACCACAUUCGGGCGACCGGCUCGGAUUGGCCGCUCAAUGCGACAAAUGAAGAAUUAGAGAAGGCUAUGGAGCAUGACCCCAACACUCCGUACGAGACAGCAGGGGACGAUGUCGCAUCUGCAAAGAAGAAGACCCAUGGCGGUAAAGCGCAUCAUAUGCUGUCGGCUGUCAAGAAAAGCAUCAAAGGUAGUAUCGAGACGACUCUUGGCGCCGACCAUCUGAAGGCGAAAGCAGGCAGUGAAACCUCUAAGCAAAGGCUAGGCGUUAUCCCACGCAACAAAGAGCAGCAACUCAGCGGCCCCAUCGAGUUCAAAUGCCGCUUUCACGGCAAACGUGGCCAUGCCUACAUCAGCACCAAAGCGACAAUCCCCUGCGUCUCCUUCUCCCAAAACAAAUCCAUCGCAACAGAAGGCACAGACGCCCGCGGCGACGAGGAGCUCAAACCUAUCUGGUCCAUCCCCGUAGCCGAAGUUACGGAGAUGAAGAAGUUAGGCGGCCUUGGAUGGAAAGCGAAGCUUGUCGUUGGGUGGGCGUUGGAUCGUGAGAUUGCUGAUGGCAUUGAGAUCAAGGACAAGCAGGGGAACAGCUAUAUUUUGACGGCGAUGGUGUUGAGGGACGAGCUGUUCAACCGAUUAAUUUCUAUAUCAGGGCAGAAGUGGCAGGCUUGGUGA